CUGUAUAAAACCAGGCUGACUUAUACUACUAAGUCUUAUAUCAAGCUCCUGCAAAAACCAAUCACUUCUCUCUCUCUCUCUCUCUCUCUCUCUCUCUCUCAAAAUAUGUCCUUUUGCCUUGAGACCCUUCAAAGAUUUGUGAGAAUGGAAUUGCUCUUUACUAGUGUUCCUGCAGUAUCAAUCUUCUUCACAGUGUGGGCCAUAGUAACAGGAGUAUUGGGCUACAUGUAUGGACCUUACUGGGGUGUGAGAAGGGUACCUGGCCCACCAACCAUUCCAUUUCUUGGACACCUCCCCUUGCUCGCUAAAUAUGGCCCUGAUGUGUUCUCAGUCCUUGCCAAACGAUAUGGCCCUAUUUUCAGGUUUCACAUGGGCAGACAGCCACUGAUAAUUGUAGCAGAUCCGGAGCUUUGUAAAGAAGUAGGAAUAAAGAAAUUCAAAGAUAUUCCAAACAGAAGCAUACCUUCACCAAUCUCGGCCUCCCCUCUUCACCAAAAGGGGCUCUUCUUCACCAGGGAUGCUAGAUGGUCAACCAUGCGAAACACAAUAUUAUCAGUCUACCAGCCAUCACACCUAGCCAGACUAAUACCCACCAUGCAAGAAUUUAUAGAAUCUGCAACUGAAAAUCUUCACUCUUUGAAUGAAGAAGACAUCACUUUCUCCAACCUUUCCCUCAAAUUGGCCACUGAUGUCAUCGGACAAGCAGCCUUUGGUGUCAACUUUGGCCUCUCUAAACCGCAAUCAAUCAGUGAUGUAGUUAACAUUGAUGAUAACCAAAACGAUGAUAAUGAAGUCUCAGACUUUAUUAACAAGCACAUCUACUCCACAACACAGCUUAAAAUGGACUUAUCAGGCUCAUUUUCAAUCAUUCUUGGUCUACUUGUCCCCAUUCUUCAGGAACCUUUUAGGCAGAUCCUGAAAAGAAUUCCUGGCACUAUGGACUGGAAAGUUGAGCGUAACAAUCAGAAACUGAGUGGCAGGCUUGAUGAGAUCGUGACAAAGAGAAUGAAAACUCGGGAACGAGGUUCAAAGGACUUCUUGACACUCAUAUUGAACGCAAGAGAGUCACAAACGGUAUCAAAGAAUGUUUUCACCCCAGACUACAUUAGUGCAGUUACUUAUGAACACUUGCUUGCUGGCUCAGCUACCACAGCCUUCACAUUGUCUUCAGUUGUCUAUUUAGUUGCUGGACAUCCAGAAGUUGAGAAGAAAUUACUUGAAGAGAUUGAUGGAUUUGUUCCACCUGAUCAGAUGCCGGGUGCUGAUGAUCUUCAAAACAAAUUCCCUUACCUUGAACAGGUCAUUAAAGAGGCAAUGAGGUAUUACACAGUUUCCCCAUUGGUUGCAAGAGAAACAUCAAAAGAAGUAGAGAUAGGAGGCUAUCUUCUCCCAAAGGGGACAUGGGUUUGGCUAGCACUUGGAGUUCUAGCAAAAGAUCCAAAGAACUUCCCAGACCCAGAAAAGUUCAGACCAGAGAGAUUUGACCCAAAUUGUGAAGAAGAAAAGCAAAGGCAUCCUUAUGCUUUUAUACCCUUUGGAAUUGGGCCUCGAUCAUGCAUUGGACAGAAAUUUUCCAUCCAAGAAAUAAAGCUCUCAUUGAUUCAUUUAUACCGGAAAUAUGUAUUUCGACAUUCACCUAACGUGGAAAAACCUUUGGAACUUGAAUAUGGCAUAAUUCUCAACUUCAAGCAUGGUGUCAAGCUGAGAGUGAUAAAACGAACAUGAAUAUGUUAAACAUGGCUAAGAAAACUUUCCAGUCAUACUUGUGAUGCACUCAAAAUAUGACACUUGAGAAACUUUGUUGGCAUCAAGAAAUGGCAAUAGAUUAUCUUGAUAUCAAUUCCCUCUGUUGUAAACUUAUAUUACAAAAAAGAUUAGUUUGAAGCCUACUAUCCGGGUAUACAAAACGUCUUCUGAAGACAUUCAUUAGUCUUUGCUCUAAGCUCUUAAUUUGAA